AUGGAUGACCAACAAUCGAACAGUAAAAUAAUAAUAUCCGAUAUUAAACAAAAUAUUAGUUCUACUAUUAUGUCUAUUAAUGAUGAAUUUGUAUCUCCAACAAAAUCAGAUUCAUUAAAAAAAUUAUCAUUUUCAAUAGAAAGUAUAUUAGAAAAAAAUGAUACGACAAUUAUACCGUUAUCACAAACAAAUACCGUUCUUAAUACAUUAAAUAAUAAUAAUUAUAAAUUAAUUAAAGAUAAUUCAAGCUGUUCAAAAAAACUACUAUCAUUAACUUAUGGAGAUCGUCAAAUCUUAAUAAAUGAAAAUCAACCUCGAUUAUCAUCUGAUUUAGGUAUAAAUUCAACCAGUGACAGUAGAGACUUAAAAUCAAAUAAAACCAAUUUAAAAUUAACCUAUCCAAGUGAUGAACUUUCGUUAACUGAAACAUCUACCGAAGUUAGUCUACUUAUUCCAUCUUAUCAUCAUUCUCAUCCAAAACCUGAACAAAGUCCAAAAAUUAAAGCUCUACGAUUAUCUGUUGAUGGACAAAUAUCCGAUUGUCAUACAUCAUCCGAUGAACUUGAUGAGAGUCUAGAUGAUGAUUAUUCAAAAGAUUCAGAUGAUAUUGAUUAUUCAUCUUCAUCUCGACAUUAUCCACCAUAUCAUGGUGAAAAUGGUAUUACUCAUCAUUCUGAUAGACGCGAUAUACAUGACAUGUUGCAUCGUAAAAAGAAAACGCGUACAGUUUUUUCUCGAUCACAAAUUUUUCAAUUAGAAGCUACAUUUGAUAUGAAACGUUAUUUAUCUAGUGCUGAUCGUGCAAAUCUCGCUCAAGCUUUACAUUUAACUGAACAACAAGUUAAAAUAUGGUUUCAAAAUCGACGUAAUAAAUUAAAAAGACAAAUUGUUGAAGCUAGUCAAUCGGUUAAUGCUGUAAGUGCCGUAUUACAAAAUGCCGUUUCACAAAAUACUCCAACAUCCGUAAUAUCAUCUAUUUCAGCUAAUCAAAAUGGGAAUAUCAAACGUCCAUUACCAGUCACACCUAUAAAUCAUUCAAAAAUAGGUGGUCAUCGUUUUGAAUCAUUUUUAUAUUCACCAACAUCAGUAUUUUUUGAUCAACUUGCAGCUACAGCGGCAGCAGCAGCAGCUGCUCAAAAUUUAGCCAAAAAUGUCGGAAUAUCAUCCGCACACAAUUUAUCUUCAUCAUUGAACGGACAUUCUUUAUCGUCAGGAUAUUCAUUUCAAGAUUUUUAUGUCAAAGGUAUAACUCAUGUAGCUUAG